AUAUCAUCGAUACAAUCAUGGAUUCUGUGGAGAGGGUCACAAACAAUCAUGGGGAACUUGGGUUUCAAUGAUGAAGAACAUGGUAUAUGUGUAUUUGGUUGAAAAUGAAGCUGAGGGAGUAAGUACACAGUCGAGUUUUUAGCCAAAUGAGUUAUCGGGUACAAAACAUCAUCACCUGCAAGCCUCUACGAACCUCUCUUCCGCCCCGCUUCACUCCCAGGGUUUUUUUCCGUUGUGGUAGUUGUAGGAACCGAAUUGGAAUGGACGGAAAUGAUAUUUCCUUGGCGUCUGAGGUGCUAGUCGGUGACCGUGAGCUGCUGGACAAGAAAAUCGCUGCGAUACGAAGUGGCGGUCCUCAAAAAAUGCAGGUGAUUGCAGAUUUUGAUCGCACAUUAACCAGGUAUUCGAUCGAUGGCCAACCUGGGCAAAUUUCUCUAAUAACAUGUGUAGGCAGUCAUGGCCUCUUGCAACAGGGGAAUCCAGAAUAUGAUGCCAAGAGGCAGCAAUUAUAUGAAUAUUAUCAUCCAUUAGAGUUCUCCCCAAAAAUUCCAAUUGAAGAGAAAACAAAGCUCAUGGAGGAGUGGUGGGGAAAAACUCAUGCUCUUCUCAUUGAGGGAGGCCUUACAUAUGAUGCGAUAAAGCAAUCCGUUGCUAAUGCCACGAUUGCUUUUAGGGAGGGUGUUGCUGAACUGUUUGAGUAUUUGGAGGAAAGAGACAUUCCCGUUCUUAUUUUUUCUGCAGGGCUUGCAGAUAUCAUAGAGGAGGUCCUGAGGCAGAAACUUCACAGAUCUUUUAAAAAUGUUAAGAUUGUCUCAAACCGAAUGGUAUUUGACAGUGAUGGUUGCCUUGUCUCUUUUAAAGGAAAGACAAUUCAUAGCCUUAAUAAAAACGAGCAUGCUCUUGAUAUGGCUGCUCCUUUACAUGAGCAAUUGGGUGAUGCUGAUGGGCCAAAUAACAACAAUGCCUCGGUGAAGAAUAGGACCAACGUGCUGCUUCUUGGUGAUCACAUAGGAGACUUGGGGAUGUCUGAUGGUUUAAACUAUGAGACACGAAUAUCUGUGGGUUUUCUGAAUGACAAUGUUGAGAACUCUCUUGAUAGCUACAAAAGGUCCUUUGAUAUCGUUUACCUGAAUGACACACCCAUGUGGGGAGUAGUCGAGCUUGUUUCUCAGCUGUGUUAGACUGGAGGUGAUUGACUGCCGGCUAAACUAUCAACUUUGUUUAUUUGGAGCGUACAACCUCUACACCCAAAGAUAUUGCAUUUCUAUGGUCCUCCUUUCAGGCUCCUGUGGUGACCUCGCAGUGAUUUCAUGGCUUCAAGCUAGAAAUAUUUGCAUGGCUGCUGUUUAUCUAGGAAGCUCCAUGCCCAUACACCUGAUGGAGCUAAUUUUUUAGUGUGGAGCAUGCUAUAAAGAUGGGUAGUUUUAUGAGGUGGACAGGAAUUACGAUGACUAUUAGAAGAUAAAUCAUCCAAUUGUAGGUAGGCUCGUGCAAAAGCCUUCUCAGUUAGUGGACCAUGAUUUUCGUUAAACUAGAUCUAUCGGGUUCUCAUCAGCUUCUUUAACAUGCAGCACCACGAUCUAAAUUUACUUCCCCAUAUUCUUCUCU